UUUACAACAACGUGAAUGUAUUUCUGUUAUAAACGGUCAAAACUGUUUACUUAAAGGAUUUAUUUACAAGGGUUCGAGUCCAGAAAAUAAAAGGUGCUGGACAUGGAUGCAGAGGGCUUCGGUGAACUGCUGCAGCAAGCCGAGCAGCUGGCAGCUGAGACUGAGGCCGUGUCUGAGCUGCCCCAUGUUGAACGGAAUCUACAGGAGAUUCAGCAGGCUGGGGAGAGGUUACGAUCCCGCACCUUGACCCGGACCUCUCAGGAUACAGCUGAUGUAAAAGCAUCUAUUCUCCUGGGCUCCAGAGGACUGGACAUCUUUCACAUCUCCCAGCGCCUGGAAAGCUUGAGUGCAGCCACAACAUUCGAACCACUGGAACCAGUAAAGGAUGCCGACAUCCAGGGCUUUCUGAAGAAUGAGAGAGACAAUGCACUGCUGUCCGCCAUCGAGGAGUCUCGGCGCAGGACCUUCCUGCUGGCAGAGGAAUAUCACCGCGAGUCCAUGUUGGUACAGUGGGAGCAGGUGAAGCAGAGAGUGCUGCACACCCUGCUGGGAGCUGGAGAGGAUGCACUGGACUUCAGCCAGGAUGUGGAGCCGAGCUUUGUAAGUGAAGUGGGGGCUCCUGGACGCAGCGCUCUGGACAGUGUUGAGGUGGCCUAUGGCAGACAGAUCUACAGCUUCAAUGAGAAGAUCGUAAACGGACAUGUACAGCCCAACCUGGGAGAUCUGUGUGCAUCAGUGGGUGAUGGUCUGGAUGAUAAGAACGUUUCCGACAUGUGGUUGAUGGUGAAGCAGAUGACAGACGUGCUCCUUGUCCCAGCCAAAGACACUCUGAAGAGUCGCACUGCUGUGAAGAUGCAGAUGGCUUUUGUCCAACAGGCACUGAGCUUCCUGGAGAACAGCUAUAAGAAAUACACCAUGGUAACAGUUUUUGGGAACCUACAUCAAGCUCAGCUGGGUGGAGUCCCUGGCACUUAUCAGCUGGUACACAGCUUUCUCAACAUCAAACUGCCCGGCCCAAUGCCAGGCAUGCAGGAUGGCGAGGUGGAGGGUCACCCAGUGUGGGCUCUGAUCUAUUACUGCCUGCGAUGUGGAGAUCUGGCUGCAGCCAUGCAGGUGGUGAACCGAGCCCAGCACCAGCUGGGAGACUUCAAGACCUGGUUUCAGGAGUACAUGAACAGUCCUGACCGUCGUCUGGCUCCGGCUACAGAGAAUAAAGUGCGGCUGCAUUACAGACGAGUGUUGCGCAACAGUGCUGACCCUUACAAACGUGCUGUGUACUGCCUCAUCGGCAAGUGUGACGUCACUGACAACCACAGCGAGGUGGCUGAUAAAACCGAGGACUAUUUGUGGCUUAAGCUGAACCAGGUGUGUUUUGAUGAAGACAGCAGCAGUGCUCCACAAGACAGGCUUUCUCUAACUCAGCUCCAGAAACAGCUCCUAGAGGAUUACGGCGAGUCUCAUUUUUCCGCCGGUCAGCAGCCGUUCCUGUACUUUCAGGUGCUUUUUCUGACCGCGCAGUUUGAGGCUGCCAUAGCAUUCCUCUUCCGCAUGGAGCGUCUGCGCAGUCACGCCGUGCACGUUGCCCUCGUCCUCCAUGAACUAAAACUACUGCUAAAAUCAUCAGGACAGAGCGCUCAGCUACUGAGUCGGGAACCGGGAGACCCCCCAAUGGUGCGUCGUCUGAACUUCAUUCGCCUUCUCAUGCUCUACACUCGAAAAUUUGAGGCCACAGACCCACGAGAGGCCCUGCAGUACUUCUACUUCCUUCGGAACGAGAAAGACAACCAAGGAGAGAACAUGUUCAUGCGUUGCGUCAGUGAGCUGGUCAUUGAGAGUCGAGAGUUUGACAUGCUUCUAGGAAGACUGGAAAAAGAUGGAAGCAGGAAGCCGGGGGUGAUUGACAGGUUUGCCGGAGACACACGAGCCAUCAUUACCAAAGUGGCCUCAGAGGCGGAGAACAAGGGCCUGUUUGAGGAAGCUGUCAAGCUGUAUGAGCUAGCCAAGAACCCUGAUAAGGUGCUGGAGCUUAUAAAUAAGUUGCUGAGUCCAGUAGUCUCACAGGUCAGCGCACCACAGUCAAAUAAAGAGCGACUCAAAAACAUGGCGCUGGGCAUUGCUGAACGGUACCGUGCAAAUAGUAUAGCCGGAGAGAAGUCUGUAGACGGCACCUUCUACCUGCUGCUGGACCUCAUGACCUUCUUCGAUGAGUACCAUGCAGGCCACAUUGACCGGGCGUACGACGUGAUCGAGAAGCUGAAACUGGUUCCUUUAAGCCAGGACAGUGUAGAAGAGAGGGUGGCAGCGUUCCGAAACUUCAGUGAUGAGGUCAGACACAAUUUAUCCGAGGUGCUUCUUGCCACCAUGAACAUUCUGUUCACACAGUACAAGCGUUUAAAGGGGGUGGCGGCAGGUACUCCGGGUAGACAGCAGCGCACGUUGGAAGACCGAGACUCGCUACUGCGCAGCCAGGCCCGAGCACUGAUCACUUUUGCUGGAAUGAUCCCAUACCGCAUGGCAGGAGACACCAAUGCCAGACUGGUACAGAUGGAAGUCCUGAUGAACUGAUCGAGAGACUGCACUCUUUUUACCCGGUUGAUAAAUUCCCCAUUUCCUCACCCAUCAGUUCAGUUUUUCCAUAUAUCAUACUCCAUUGUAUGAAUUUCUGUUUGUAUUAUUUUCAUUAUUUUGAAAUAAAAAUUGAGUUACCUUCG